AAGCAUGCUGGACCACAGUUCAACGCCCAAAAUGGCGGCAGGAUUGAAAAGUUUUGGAUGUUUUGUCCGAGUUUGUUUUCUUUCCGGACUGUUUCUUUCGCUGUUAUAACGACACUCAAGCAUGACCUUUAAACACCGAACACAUAACCGCGGUGAAGAAAUACAGGUGUUCGUUGUUGCCCUCGAGGAAUAAUGCUAAAAUCAAGGAGACGUUUUGUUAUCAGCUCAAAUUUAGGCAUCACUUUCCCAAUGCUAGGCUAGCUAGCAAGCUAACUACAGUUAGAUAGCGCUAAGUACAGCAGACAGACUUUUGCACAGGUCAGGAGCUAUUCGCCAGUUAUGCCGCUUCUCCGCAAACCCCCAGUGCUGAACGGAAUAUGAAGAAGAGAAUCGUUACAUAGAAAUGGAGGAUGAUGUGAAAAAAGUGAAAAAGCCUGGUAUCGUGUCUCCAUUCAAGCGUGUCUUCCUGAAAGGAGAGAAGGGGAGGGACAAAAAAACCCAGGAGAAGGCCACUGAGCGCAGAGCUCUCCAUACCUUCUCCCUCUCCCAGCCUGACCACCGCAUUGAUCCCGACAUCCUGCUUAAUGACUACAUUGAGAAGGAGGUCAAAUACUUGGGGCAGCUGACAUCAGUUCCAGGAUACUUGAACCCAUCGAGUCGGACAGAGGUCCUUCAGCUCAUAGACAAUGCAAGGAAGUCACAUCAGUUGGCAGGCCAGCUGACAUCAGAGCAGGAUGCAGUGGUGAGCCUGUCGGCGUACAAUAUCAAGCUUGUAUGGCGCGACGGAGAGGAUAUCAUCCUGAGAGUGCCCAUUCACGACAUUGCUGCUGUGUCCUACAUCAGGGACGACUCACUGCACCUUGUGGUGCUCAAAACAGCCCAGGAGUCGGGUGGCUCUCCCUGUCCCAGCUCAUGUCCUGAUCUCAACAAGUCCCAGACCCUCAGCUCCUUAUCGGAGAGCGGAGCUGUACUCGUGGAAGUUUGCUGCCUACUCGUGCUGGCCGUCGAGAACAAGGCAGCAGCGGAGGAGCUUUGUCUCCUGCUCAGCCAGGUCUUUCAGAUUGUUUACACGGAGUCCACCAUCGACUUCCUGGACAGAGCCAUUUUUGACGGAGCCACUACGCCUACCAGGCACCUCUCUCUGUACAGCGACGACUCCUCCAGCAAAGUAGACGUUAAGGAGGCCUUCGAAGCAGAGGCCAGCACAUUUUCAUUCCAGGGCUCUCUGGAGGCAGAGGGGAACUCUCCCUCGGCCUCCAGCCCGACAUCCCCCCAGACCAAGACGGCCAGCGAGGGAGAGCUCAGUACCACUGCUGCAGAGCUGCUGCAGGACUACAUGACCACGCUGCGGACCAAGCUGUCAUCUCAGGAGAUCCAGCAGUUUGCUACUCUGCUGCAUGAAUACCGCAAUGGUGCCUCCAUCCAUGAGUUCUGUAUUAACCUGCGACAACUCUACGGGGACAGCAGGAAGUUCCUCCUACUUGGACUGCGUCCCUUCAUACCAGAGAAGGAUAGUCAGCACUUUGAGAAUUUCCUCGAGACCAUCGGUGUCAAGGAUGGCCGAGGUAUCAUCACAGACAGCUUCGGUCGCUACCGCCGCACUGCCAGCUCCGCCUCCGAUUCUACCACCAAUGGCAACGGAGCAGCAGGAGGGAGUUGUGACAGCGGGGGCUCAGAUGAAGGCCAGGGGGUGUCUGAGGGUGAUGAAUGGGACCGCAUGAUCACUGAUAUCAGUAAUGACAUUGAAGCACUUGGCUGCAGUAUGGACCAGGAGGGAGUCACGCCCUGACACCGUGAGUAAAGGGAGGUGUUUUCCAACAGCUGAGGACAUGGAAUGGCAGCCACUUGUUAAGAUGCUGCUGUGGCCAGCAGGCAUGACCUGAAUGGAUUAGGUGAAGGUGGUCCUUGGCACUGAUCUUAUUUUAGUUUUAACAUUUGUUUUCCCUCUAAUUGUCAAGAGGAUGACCCACUGUCAGUGAGGAUAUGUUCAAGCUACCGCCACAAAGUCAACAAAUAUGUUUAUGCAGAGCCUGUAGACGACAUGCAAUCAGUUUGGGCUUGUGGAGUUGCUGCAUUUCAAACUCAUUCAUAGCCUCUGUCAAUUUUUUAAGGUUUAUAUUAUUUUGUAUUCAUUUAUUGGCAGUAUCUGCCACUGCUGUCAACAAUGUAGCGAAGGACUCUGAAGUCUUUCAGGGUAUUUAAAGGUCUGUCUUGCAUACCCUCCAAGACUAGAGUAUGCACCAAAGGACUAUGUAUAUGUUAUGAAAAAUGAAGACCGAGGCUGUACUGUUGUAUGCUUUUUGUAUUCCCAUAGGUCAAUCAUCCCCCAGGAGAACGUUGUUCUUUAUUUACUUCACAUCUGUUGUGUUGCUGUGAGAGUGGAACUUUUGUCUAUAUAUUUUUUUCAUAUGAUUUGUGUACUGGUUUGUUUUACACUAGCAGUUGUUAUCAGUGUUUACUCAUUUAUGUAUUUUGCCCCAUUUAGACUGACCAAGGAAAUGCUGUAAAACAGAUAAAUCUCAUUCACCUACAGCAGUUAAGUGGGGACCAGAUUUGACAAAGCCAGUUAGUUAAUGGCUGAUGGAAUAUUUUUUUUUUUUUUUCAUGCAGGUCAUCUUGUUGUGUUGUAUGACAUGACUGUAGAUUCCCCAACUAUCUGUCAUUGUGCCUUUACACUGCAGUACUGCUGCCAAGUGUCUGUCAAGACAGACUUGGAAUUAUGAACUGUAAGUACAGUUUAUGAGCGAAUCAUGGUUAUUAAAUAACAACUACUU